AUGCCCCCUCUUGUCUCCCUACCGCAAGCGCAUGCGCUCACUUCGAACACGUUCAGGAUCCCCCCGCUCGAUGGCUCUCUUACCGUGCCGGAAAUCUUUGACUGGCACCUCGAUCACAACCCGGAUCAUGUCCUAUGGUACUACUCCGACGCGGAUGCGGUGGAUCAUUGUGGAGUUAUCACCAUGAAGCACGGCGUAUACGCCAUCCACCGUGCAGCUCGUCUGUUCACGGCUCGUCUGACGCGGAUGAACCUCCAUCCUGCUACACAUGACCCUCCGGUUAUUGCUAUUUUUGCUGCCACAGAUACCAUCACCUAUUUUCAUACGUGGCAAGGCCUCAUACGUGCGGGGUAUGCUGUCUGCCACAUUUCUCAUCGCAACUCGUCGGUGGCUCUGGCCCAUAUACUACAGAAAAGCAACGCGGACCAUCUCUUGAUAUCCGGAGAACCAGGAAUACAAGCUGUGGUCCGUGCGGCUCUCGAAGGCAUGGCAGACAAGGAGAAGCAAUGGGACAAUUUCGUUUCGGACAUGCCCAUCUUCGCGGAUAUAUUCAAGAAUGACGAACCGGAUUUGAUGUCGAAACGCGAUUUCAACCUCAAUUCGAGAGCAUACUACAUCCACUCGUCGGGCACGACGGCGUUUCCGAAGCCGAUCUCGUGGACUCACAAGGACUAUCUGAUUUUUGCGUAUAGCAUACUUUUGUCCGAACAUGAUUUUUGUCACCAGGUCCUAGCGUGCCACUCUAUCCCGAUGUUUCAUGGACUAGGUAUAUUGACUACUCUCUUUGCGACGUGCUGCGGAAUGACACUGUCCGCAUUCAAACCCCAGUUCCCCGCUAUCACCAUGGCACCCGACUCUAUAUUUGAAAGCGCUAUGCAGACAGGUUCGACAUACAUCUUCAGUGUUCCGCUGUUCAUCGAGAUAUGGUCGCGCGAUCCUGUAAAGGUUGCCGCACUGAGCAAGAUCAACGGCGUGCUCUACGGUGGAGGCCCACUGAACAAGGCCGUCGGUGAUUUUCUGACAGACCACGGGGUGAACAUCUACAUUACCUACGGAGCCAGCGAGAAUGGCAUGAAGGCGCCUAUUCUGCCCGUACCUCCCGGGAAAGACUGGGAGUACUUCCAGAUCACCCGCACAUAUCAUCCUGAGUUUGUACCGUACGGGGACGGUACGUACGAACUUAUCAUGGUGAAAUGUGAAACGCAUUCACCACUGGUCUUCAACAUGACCUGGAACGGCGCUCAAGCAUAUGCAACAAGCGACCUCCUCGUCCCGCAUCCCACGAAGGAGGGUUAUUGGAAGGUAUAUGGAAGGACCGACGAUCAAAUCAUGCUGUCAACGGGCGAGAAGACGAACCCGGGCCCGCUAGAGAGUAUACUAUGCCAAGAUCCUCGCGUCCAGGCUGCUGUCAUGUUCGGGCGCGGCCGGUUCCAAAACGGCGUGAUCGUACAGCCCAAAGUAGAUUACGUCUUCGAUCCAUCCGACGAAGCCAAAUUAGCCGAGUUCCGAAACUCGAUAUGGUCUACUGUUGAACGCAUGAACGAGUAUGCGCCUCAACAUUCUCGCCUGUUCAAAGAGAUGAUUUUGGUGGCAUCGCCAACGAAGCCGUUCCAGUACACCGCCAAAGGGUCGACGCGUCGCCAAGCUAUCCUCAAGGACUAUGAGAGCGAGAUAGAAGCCCUCUAUCAGGCUGUGGCCGAAACGGCUCAGGAAGGCAUAGACGCACCUAAGGAUUGGGAUAUGUCUACUGUACUCGAGUUCGUUAGGAGGACUGUUCACGGUGUUAUGAAGGCUCACGUGCGCGACGAAGAUGACCUAUUUGAAUAUGGAUGUGAUAGCUUGCAAGCGACUUGGAUCCGGAACACUUUGGUGCGCGCGCUUCGCGAUUCGGCCGUAGCGCCGCGUGCGAUCCCAGCGGACUUGGUGUACAUGUCCCCGACGAUAGCCUCGCUGGCCAGAUUCAUCACCCAGAAUGACCACCUGAUCAAUCGCGCCAAUGAUGAGGCGCAAAAAGCUGGCGACAUGCUCGCACUGCUAGAGAAAUACUGCGGUGAUUUCCCUUCACGCCCAGGCCAUGCAAAGUUAUCGCCCGCGUUAGACAGACAUGUGAUCCUCGUCACUGGUACGACCGGUGGACUCGGUGCUAGCGUACUUGCGGAGUUGGUGUCGUUACCCAACGUCCGCAAGGUCUACGCGCUCAAUCGACCUUCUUCGAAGGGUAAAGCAAUAGAAGCACGCCAGAAGGUCGCUCUCGCAGCACGCGGAUUAGACGAAGGCCUCGUUGACUCGGAGAAGGUCGUGCUCAUCGAAGGCAACCUGGCAAGUCCUAGCUUAGGACUGGAGAGUGCAUUGUUGGACGAGAUCCGGAGCACUCUGACGACAAUCAUCCACAUAGCAUACCGCGUGGACUUCAAUUUGUCACUGGCCUCGUUCGAGCCUCAACUAGCCAUCAUCCGCUCCCUCAUAGAUUUCGCGAUCUCUUCGCCGCGUCCGACACCGCCGUCGAUCGUAUUUACUAGCAGUGUCUCUGUCCUGCGAAAUUUGAAGUUGACAUCGCCAGCGAAGGAGGAUGCCCUCAACGACCCGAAGGUCGCGAUUGGGAACGGUUACUCGGAGUCCAAAUGGAUAUCGGAGAGGAUUCUGGCGAAUGCUGCUGUCGCUGUUCCCUCCCUUCGAACCCUCUCCGUCCGAGUUGGACAGCUCAGCGGGACUAAGAGUGGUGCUUGGAACACGGCCGAAUGGUUCCCCUCGCUCGUGGCGUCCGGACCGAUCCUACGUCGACUUCCUGACCUAGACGCGGAAGUGGCCUGGAUACCCCUGGCAGCUGCGGCCCGUGCUCUGGUCGAGAUGUCCCUGGCCGAGGACAUGCAGGCAUCUCCUGUCUUGCACCUGGCACAUCCUCACCCAGUGCCUUGGACGUCUCUCCUUCUGUCGAUAUCCGAAGAACUCAACGUAGAGUUGGUCUCGUAUUCCGACUGGUUGGCCGCGCUUGAGGAGAAUUUUAAAGACAAAACCAAAACGGAAGUGCAACUCAUGCGAGAGAAUCCAGCAUUGCGUCUACUCGCGUUCUUCAAGUCGGCCGGAAGAACGGUUGGACAAAAUUCUGGUAAAGAUCGUGGUAGGGAAGCGAUGGGGCUCCCGAUGAUGGAUAUGUCCAGGGCGAAGGAAGUCGCACCGAGCUUGGGCAAGCUGCAGCCGCUUGGAACAGAGGACGUUCGACACUGGCUGGAGUAUUGGAAAGACGUGGGCUUACUGCCCCGAAGCCCGGAUGCUACGCAUUAACUCCGUGAACCUGUACCUUGAGAUAUGUAGAUGUACCAGUGAA